AUGGAUUUCGCGGCUCUCAUGAACAAGGAAAUUGGUAAGGCCAAGGCUACGAAAGGCGCCGAAGCCGAGAAAUCCCAGAAAUUCAUGAAGCGCGCCGAGGUGGAAGCAGAGCGGCGCGAGAAGUACCUGGCCGAACAACGGGCGCUCGAAGCCGAGAAGGAGGCCAAGCUGCGCCAGAAGCGGAAGCGGGAGGAGGAUGAAGCUGAGGCGAACCGCACCCGGGAGGAGAAGCGGAGGAAGCUGGCUGAGGAGUCGAGGCGGCGGAGGGAGGAGCAGGAGGCUGAAGAGGAGAGGGCGAGGAGGAAGCGACUGGGUUUGCCGGAACUGGUGAAGGAGACGGUCGAGGAGGUUGAGGUGGAUGAUAUCAAGGACGAGGAGCUGAUUGAGAAGCUGCGGGAGAUGGGCCAGCCUGCUACGGUGUUUGGGGAGACGCACAAGGGAAGAUUACGCCGGUUCAGGAAGCUAGGGGUUGUGAUGACGACGGGGCCGAUUCCGACGUCUUUGGAGCUGGUGGAGGAGAAAGAUAUGAAGGUCGAUGUGGUGCCGAAGGGGGAGGCUGAGAGGAAGUUCCUGUUCAGGCAGUUGGCUUCGUAUUUUACUAUGGUAUUGAAGGAGUGGGAGAGUGCUCUGGAGGCGGAGAAGAGGGAUACGUUCGCGAGUAAGGCGGCGUACAACGCUAUGGUACAGAGCAAGGAGAACAUGACACCACUAUUUCGCAAAUUCGAGAAGGGCGACGUCGACGAGGGUGUCCUAGAGCCGAUCGUCGAAAUCGUGAAAGCGGCUCAAGAACGGCGUUACGUGGAUGCCAAUGAUGGUUACCUACGCCUGAGUAUUGGGAAAGCUGCCUGGCCCAUUGGAGUCACUAUGGUUGGUAUCCACGAGCGUAGUGCCCGAGAGAAGCUGCAUGAGAGCGACAAGGGACAUGUUAUGGGAGAUGAGGUUACGAGGAAAUUCUUGCAAAGUAUCAAGAGAUGUUUGAGUUUUGCACAGGUUAGGUGGCCUCCUGAGGAUAUCAGACAGCUUAUGGGUUGA